GCGCUGAGACCCGGGCAGGCGGUGGGGCAGCACAGCAGCGAGAUCUGCCCUCACAGCGCUGUUCCCCCGGGGCUGGCAUCCGCCUCGGCCGAGGGCAGGGCGGGCGAUGAUGGCCCCUCGCCCAGGGACCAGACCUGCUGGCAAGCUGGGAUCGCCGAGUCUGCUCCCGUUUAACACGGCCAGAUCUAUGAUAGCAGUUGGACUCAGUGUGGCAACUGUUGCAUUUGCAGGUCGUUAUGCAUUCCACCUUUGGAAGCCAUUGGGGCAGGCAAUUACAGAGACAGCAAAAAAGAUUUCAACCUCUAGUCUUUCAUUAUACUAUAAAGGAGGAUUUGAGCAGAAAAUGAGUAGACGAGAAGCAAGUCUUAUUUUAGGUGUAAGUCCAUCUGCUGACAAGGCCAAAAUCAGAGCAGCCCACAGAAGAAUCAUGAUCUUGAAUCAUCCUGAUAAAGGUGGAUCACCUUACUUAGCAACAAAAAUAAAUGAAGCAAAAGACUUGCUGGAAUCCAGUACCAAAAAUUGAAAUCCUAAGACAUGCAUCAGAGAAAAACAAACAGACAACAACAACAACAACAACAACAACAAAACAGCAAAAAGCUCACACAAAAAAACACGGCUUCUUACACAUCUUUCUCUGGAAGAAUCAACAGAUACAGUGUGUAACAGCUUUCAUGUCUACUUGUUCUGCACUGUUUGUUAACAAUGCAUUGGAUGUUUAUAUUUAUUGUUGAAAUUAAAAGUUUAAGACUAUUUAAAAGCAAACUGAA